UGCCUCAUACUCUGAGCAGUUGGACCUCCCGUGGCCACACUUUGGUUGGUGUGUUCCGCAGAAAGCAGCAUCAUGGCACCUAUCCUGCUAUGCGUGCUGGUUUGGACAGCGUUUGCCUGGUCUCCAACCCGCGCCCACCUCAACGAAACCAUCUACGCCGUGACUGUGAGCUCCAGGGUGACCGGAGGGGCAUCUGAGACGCUGUGCGCCCACGUCCUCUCCCCCCCGGAGCCGCUGGCCCUCAGGGUGACUCUGGAGGCGCAGUCCGGGAGCACCGUCAUCCUGGAGGAGACGGUUUCCACGGAUUACUACGGCUGCUCCACCUUUCAGGUUCCCAUUGUGACCAGCAGCACGGUGGCCACGGUCAAUGUGACCAUCCAGGGGGAGAGUGCCGUCAUGAGCAAGGAGACCAAGGUCCUCAUCGCCCCUCCAGCCUUCCUUCAUCUGAUCGUGACGGACAAGCCGCUCUACAAGCCUGGACAGACUGUCCAGUUCCGGAUCGUCUCCAUGGACGCUGGCUUCAUCCCUUUCAAUGAGCUGUAUAAAACAGUUGAGCUUCAGGACCCCAACAGAAACCGCAUCGCGCAGUGGCUGGAUAGGGCCGCCGUCAGUGGCAUCCUGGACCUCUCUCACCCCAUGAGUCCAGAGGCCGCCCAGGGACCCUACACCAUCACCGCCUGGACGGAGAAAGGAGAGAGCACCUCUCGCUCCUUUGACAUCAAGGAAUACGUUUUGCCAAAAUAUGCCGUCAACAUUAGACUACCUAAUGUCAUAAAUAUUUUACAACAAGAAGUCCCCAUACAAAUUUGUGGAAGAUACACCUAUGGAAAGCCUGUUCUUGGGUCCAUCAAGGUGGAAGUUUGUAGAGAGGGCCAGGGCCAUUUUGUACGGCGUUAUCCUGUCCCACAAGAAGACAUCUGUGUGACAUCACAACUGCAGACGGACAGAACAGGCUGUGCAACGCACUUCAUUAGGGUAUCAGCAUUUGGCCCAAGAGUAAAAAUGUACCGGGACAUGUUUGAUGUGACGGCUGAAAUGGAGGAGUAUGGCACUGGGGUGGUCAUUCAAGCCAGUGGCCAAACGCCCUUCUCCGUUAAUGUCAGAGAACUCACAUUUGAGAAUGUUGCAGAUAAUACUGCCUAUAAGCCAGGGAUCCCAUUCGAGGGCAAGGUCAAGCUGACUGGAAUAGACAGGAAGGCGGUGGGGGACGAGGUGGUAUAUCUAUACGUGGACGUCAACGCAGCGUCGUACAACCUCACGCUUCUGACCCAAGACAACGGCAUGGCUUCUUUCUCCCUGGACACCUCCCUGUGGAAGAACAGCGUGGUUCUUACGGCAAGCUCUAGACCCAAGGAAGAACAGCAGUCAUUUGUGCAUGGGGAACGCCUGCCUGCAUACCCCUCGGCAGUACUGACCAUGGGGCCGUUCUACUCUAAGAGCAAGAGCUUCGUGAAGAUCUCAGCCAACGGCCACAAGAGCCUCUGUGAGGGGGAGUCCCAGGUGGGCGCCCAGUACAUCAUCCAGGGCGAGGAGCUUAGGCCGGGGCAGGAGGAACUGCCCUUCUACUACACCGUGAUGUCCAAGGGUGCAAUAAUGAGGCACGGGCAUCUUCCAGUUGCUGUAAAAGAUGGAAUCGUCAACAAAGGAGUGCUAUCCAUCCCCCUGCUUGGAAAAGCUGCCCUCAGCCCAUAUGCCCAAGUGGUGGUGUACACUUUGAUGCCAAGUGGGGAGGUGUUGGCGGAUAACAUGGACUUCCCAGUGGACCAGUGCUUCGAGAAUAGGGUGAAGCUGGAGUUCUCAGCAGAUCGAGAGCUGCCUGGAGGAGAGACCUCCUUUCGCCUGGAGAGCCAGCCAGGAUCCUUGUGCUCCGUCAGGGCGGUGGACCAGAGCAUCCUUCUGCUGCAGCCGGAUCAGGAGCUCAGCGCUUCUUAUGUGUUCAACCAGCUGCCUGUGCAGAAGCUGAGUGGCUUCAGCUACCAAGUGGAGGACCGUGAGCCGGAUCGCUGCUCACAGCCCUGGGAAGAGGUGGAGGAAUCCACCGCGAAGGACGACGUCUACAGUGUUUUUAAAGAAAUUGGAAUAAAACUCGUGACCAACUCUGAGGUGAAGAAACCAGCCACCUGUGUGGGCCGUGUAUAUUACAUGAUGUAUGAUAACGUGGGACUUGCCGGCUCAUCGUUGCAGAAAAUGAAAGAAAAACGGGAAAAAAUAGAAACUGUGAGAAGCUACUUCCCUGACACCUGGAUCUGGGAGCUGAUCGCUGUCGGAGACAGCGGGUCGGUGAGCGUGGUGAAGACGCUCCCUGACACCAUCACCAGCUGGCGGGCCCAGGCCUUCUGUACCUCCUCCUCCCUGGGCUUCGGCCUGUCCCGGGACACGGCGCUGGUGGCCUUCCAGCCCUUCUUCGUCAGCCUGACGCUGCCCUACUCGGUGGUCCGAGGGGAGGUGUUCACGCUCAGAGCCACCGUCUUCAACUACCUCCCUAGCUGCAUCAUGGUCAGGGUCCAGCUGAGCAACUCGUCCCACUUCUCCCUCAGAGAGUGUGCGGACUGCCAGUACACCAUGUGUGUGUGUGCAGAGGAGAGCAGGGUUUUCCAGUGGGAGGUCAGCCCCUCCUCCCUUGGGGAGGUGACCCUGGAGGUCCGGGCCGAGGCGCUGCACACGGAGCAACUGUGUGGGAACGAGGUGGCGCCCCCGCCCACGGUGGGCCGGGUGGACACAGUGGUACGCAAACUACUGGUGGAGGCAGAAGGCACCCCAGUGGCUGUUACCCACAAUGCAGUCCUCUGUCCUGGAGCAGAGAAGCCAGCAGAGAAGAACAUCUCUCUCCUGCUGCCAGACCUGUUUGUGGCUGGUUCUGCCAGGGCCUCUUUCUCUGUGUUGGGGGACCUGAUGGGCCGGGCCAUGAAGAACCUGGACAAACUGCUGGCCAUGCCGUACGGCUGCGGGGAGCAGAACAUGAUCCUGUUCGCCCCAAACAUCUACAUCCUCAACUACCUGACCAGCACCGCACAGCUGACACACGCCAUCAAGGAGCGGGCCACGCGCUUCCUGGAGAGCGGCUACCAGAGAGAGCUCACCUACCGGCAUGACGAUGGCUCCUACAGUGCUUUUGGCAAGAGCGAUGCGUCUGGAAACACCUGGCUGACUGCCUUUGUGAUGAAGUCGUUUGGCGGCGCCAAGCCCUACAUCUUCAUCGACCCCAAACUAAUCGUGGACUCCAGAACCUGGCUGCUCAGCCACCGGCGGCAAGAUGGAUGCAUCACAUCAGUUGGAAAACUGUUUCACAACGGCAUGAAGGGCGGGGUGAGCGACGACGUGUCUCUGACCGCCUACAUCACGGCUGCACUGCUGGAGCUGGAUGCAGCAGACCCCAUGGUGUCUGGGUGCCUGCAGUGCCUGAGAGUGGCGGUAGCGGGAAAGCUGGAGAACAUGUACACCACAGCCCUCCUCUCCUACACCUUCACCCUGGCAGGGGACCAGCAGACCAGGGCCGCGCUCCUCACCGCUCUCCACCAGCGCUCCGUCACAGACGGGGGCACGCGCCACUGGAAGCGGGCGGAGGCCUCUGAGACGGUUCUGGACUCCCUGGAGGUUGAGAUGACGGCCUACGUACUGCUUGCGGUUCUCUCCGGACCCCCGGUGCCGGGCUUCGACCUAGGCUAUGCCUCCAGCAUCACACGCUGGCUCAUCCAACAGCAGAACCCCUACGGCGGCUUCGCCUCUACGCAGGACACGGUGGUGGCCCUCCAGGCCCUGGCCCGCUACGGCGCUGCCACCUACAGCUCGGAGGGCGCCAGCGUGGUGGGGCUGAGCUCGCUGGGCGGGACCAGCUGGCAGUUCACCGUGGACCAGAGCACCCGGCUGCUGUACCAGGAGCAGGCGCUGGACCGCCUGCCCGGGGACUACCGCGUCACGGCCCAGGGGCAGGGCUGUGUCCAGGCACAGAUCGCCAUGCGUUACAACAUUCCCCCUCCUGGUGACUUCAGUUCCUUCCACAUCGUCGCAACAACGACCGCUGUGUGUAACAGCACCCGGCCCACACUGACCAUCAGAGUGGACCUCAGGUACCAAGGUAGGAGAGAGGAGACCAACAUGGUGAUCAUCAACCUCAAGCUCCUGUCAGGCUAUGGCCUUCAGCAGAGCACUCUGCAGGAGCUGAAGAGAGAGAGCAGUGUGAAGCGUGUGGACUUUGAAGAGGGCUACAUCAACAUCUACCUCGACGGCCUGAAGAAGGAGGUGUUGAGGAGCUACAGCGUGACCCUGGAGGAGGAGGAGGCCGUCAGGAACCUGAGGCCGGCCGUGGUGAAGGUGUACGACUACUACCAGACAAGUGACGAGGCAGUGGCAGACUACUCCUCCCCUUGUGCGGAGCGUGAUGAUGUGAAUGAUCUACUAUUGGAACGAUCGGAGCCACCAACAAGAAGCACAUCAAUCAAAUUAAAGCCGGACUAAUGGUUGUGCUACAUUGUUAAUUGUAGCCAGUGAAUUCUUUGAAUGACAAAAGAUAAGAUUUAAUUUCAACAUAUACACAAAAGAGGAAUUUGCCAAGAUGACAUGCAUUCAAGAAAGCCAAUGUUUAUUCAAUUACAAUUCUGUCUUUUAAUCGAUAAAGAUAAUCCAGUUUCCAUUGGCGUGACAGUGAGCUAUGAAACAAGGUACCGUAAACACAAUAAUGGUCCAACAGUCGACUGGGAUUGAAUGGAUCCGAACGACGGAAACAAACCAGUAUUACAAAACAGCUUAGGUAGAAGUUUGUCUGCACAGGCUGGGUGAUUACAGGUGAAUUGUGAUUGUGAUUUCAUGUAGUGCGCCUUGCUCUACAUUUUAUUCUGUUUCUAACAAAUAUUAUAUUAAUUCAUCACUACCAUAGUUUAAAUUUCGCCACAAUAAAAUCUUUAAAUGACAAAAUACAAAUCUGUUUCCCUCGUACAACACUGUUUGAUUUUCAAUGGAACCCAUCUACGUUCCUCUAUCAAUAGAAUCCACCGUAGCCAUCUACGUUCCUCUAUCAAUAGAACCCACCGUAGCCCAUCUACGUUCGUCUAUCAAUAGAACCCACCGUAGCCCAUCUACGUUCGUCUAUCAAUAGAACCCACCGUAGCCCAUCUACGUUCCUCUAUCAAUAAAACCCACCGUAGCCCAUCUACGUUCCUCUAUCAAUAGAACCCACGGUAGCCCAUCUAGAUUCCUUUAUCAAUCGACCACAAGACUAGGAGGUUCGGGGGGAGGAGUGGGGCAUAGCAUUUUUUCUUAGAUUUUCUUUCCCCUUUUCCACCUCAUUGUCAUCAUAAAUAAUCUACCUACCAAAUGUGACACAUGAACAGAGAAGAAACCACAUUCUGACAUCACAGACUGUUACAUGCCCACUCAACACGUCAGCACAACACACGCACAACACUGUCACAGAGGAGCAACAUGACCCCUCAACAAGACACAGGCUGGCACCUGGUGAUGAUCCAACCCUCUCAUAACAGUGGGGGGGGGGGGUGUGUGUAUCACAGUGGCAUACGGUAGCAUCCACACAGUGGACCGUGCUAGUGCCAAAUGGGGGGUUCUCUGUACACUGAAUCACUUAAGGCACAGCUUGGGGAACGGCAUGGAUCCAUGUCAUCCCUUAUGACAGUCCAGUCGGACAGUGCCAAGUGUGAAAGGUGGUCUCUGGGGCUCCCUCUGGUGGCUCGCUGCGGAGACGCCUGCUUCGGAAAGUCCAGAGUUUGGGGUCAAGGCUAACACAAUCCUUGGAUACACUGGAUGUGUGUGGUGUCUGUGUGUUUGAAUUAAACUGAGAACACAGGGAUAUGUAACUUGACAGUAAAGUACAGACAGCAGUUACCUUAAAACCUUAGCACCAACAAGAAAAAGGCCAAGUAUUGAUACAAAUGGCACAUCGUUUUAGUGUAUAGGGUGAAGGACAUACGAAUGCUCUUUGUGUAACACCAGUGUGGGCAGAAGGCUGGACUCGAGGUGUUCCACAUUGGAGCCACGCUGGGCGUCCAACAGGCAAGUUUAAGAUUUGCAUAUUUUGCUGAUGAAUAAUAAUGGAUAGUUAAGCUCAAAUUCCUCGUAAUGAAAUGCAAUUUAAAUCUUUUUAAAUAGUUACGAUAAGAAUGAUCCCACCUCUGACUGAAAUGUGGCUUCAUGUAUCGAUGUGUCAUAAUGUUCAGUCAUUUGGCACCUUUAGCGAUGGGGAGUAAAAAAAGGAAAAGAAAAGCUAUAAUAUGAAAGGCUUUGAAACAUGGAACUACAACAAGGUCUCCAUUUGGCAAUAAAGAAAUUCUUUAGAAAGUUUGGUUCCAUUUUGGUUUAUAUACAAUGUGUUUGUGUGUCCUCUGUUGGCUCCCUUUUUAAAUCCAAACAAAAAAGUAGAAAAUGUAGAAAUUAAUUAUCCAACCCUUACAUACUAAACCUC